AUUGCGUAAAAGCAAGACCGAGAGAGAGACAGAGAGUGGGAGAGUGAAAAGCAUGAGCCUAUUGUAAUUGUGAAGAAAGCAAACGCACCCUCGAAGCGAUUCCAAAAUAAGAGCGCUGCUGCGGAGUUGACGGUGAACGCGCGAAUAGAAAAAAAACCCCAGUUGAAAGGAAAUUCACGUCUCGUACCGAGCAUGUAGCGCGUUCUCUAGUACGGAACCAUCGGAACGGAAGUGUUGGUCUCAUUCACAAUUAGUUUGCACGGUAGUUUGUGCUCAUCACCCCCCCUUUUUAGCCUAGUGUCGUUUCGUAGUAUCAUAAGCGUAGUCUCAGUGGCAGAGGCGUAGCGGGAUCCCGUGGCAACAUCGAGCAAUCAAACGUGUAGAAUGGUGUAGGCUGCAAUAAAUAACGCGCGCGUGAUUCAUAGCUAGCCCCCGUAGUGAAUUGAAACCAAUUGAAACCCAAAUUGUGGUCACAUUGUGCAUGCUAAAGUGCUACAACAGAAGUCGAAAAAUAACCACACAUUCACACACAUAGAUGUUGAUGUAGUACAAAGGCUCGUUCAAGGGUUUGUUUUUUUGGUGGUGCAUCGUUAAAAUAAUAUCCUGGAGUGCACGAAAGUAACAAAGAAAAACAUCACGCCAACUAGAUUAAUUCUUUUAUAUGGGUUGUCGCAUUUCGUCUUCGAACAAUGAAAACCUGUUCACACCAACGGAAGACAGUGAAAUGGCCACUACAAGCCACCAACCGAGCGUGGAUUACAAAGCGCGCCUAGAGCGGAAGCAGUGCCUGGCAAAGGAAACACCGGAACCAAUAUACGAUUUGGAGGAUUGCAAUCUGAAAGAUGUGCCCGCUGGUGUGUUCGUUAUGUGCAAGGUCCUGCGAAAGGAUGCCCUUACACUGGCCAAGAAUAAGCUAUCCUCCCUGGCCGCGGGUGGCACACUGGACGAUCUACUCUUACUGCAAUCGUUAAACCUUUCAAACAAUCGUUUCAAGAAGCUGCCCGAAGAUAUAUACAAACUAGAAAACCUCAGGGAACUAUUUUUAGCGAACAACGCCUUGGAAAAACUACCGAUAGCGAUAGGACGACUAAAGAAAUUGGAACUGCUCAAUCUUUCAGCGAACAAUCUAGCGAGCGUAGAACAGAUAGCGUUCAUGACCAACCUUAGAGUGCUGGACAUUAGCGGCAAUGUACGUCUUUCUCAGCUGCCUAGCCAGCUGGCAACGUGUGAUAAUCUCGUAGAUAUUGUGCUCGAUCCGGCGUACAUAGUAAACCCACCGGCAGAUGUAGUGGCCGGCGGCACAUACGUCAUCGUAAAGUAUCUUUCGACCGGUGAAUUCCAUCAAGAUCCGAGCGGGAAAACCGAUCCCGAUGGCACCGUGGCGCUCGAUCGGCAGAAGGCAACCACGUCCGCUUUCCUCACGAGCGAACGGAGCGACCAACGCCAGCAGGAACUGGCCCGCGAUCGGUACGAAAAGGAACGGAAGCUACUCGAACGCGAACGGUUGGCGUUCGAGAAGGAUAUGCUAACGGAGAGUAAGCUGCAUGAACAGCAACAGUUGCGGAAACAAAUGCUGCUACAGCAACUGCUCGAACAACAGAACCAAAACGAAACGCAGGUGCACAAGCUGCAGCAGGAAAAGCAGACGGAAAGGGAGCGGCUUAUCGAUAACAUUAUGAAGGAUGAUCAAAAAUCGAGCGAGCUGGUAAAUAAUCUACUCGCGCUAAAGAAUGGUCCCGAUCCGGCUUUCCUCGAGCAGGAACGUGAAGAGCAGAAGCGGCUGCUCGAGCAUCUGCACAUCCAGCAGAACGAUCUGCGCAAACAGGAGGUACUCGGUGCGAUGACCAACCUGCUCGAGAACGAAAUCAACAUCAUACAAAACUUUCACAAUCAACGGGAUCAAUCGUCGCGCAGCAUACUCGAGCGCGAGUACGAAACGAACAAUCUGCUGAACAAUGUGUUUUUGAACUACGACAAAAACCGGCAAGAUGUGAUCGAUCAGAUCACGUUCGACGAGGAUAUACAGAAGAGCGCCGUUGCGGCGUUGAUUGCACGAAACGAUUCACGAACCUGGGGUUUGGUAGAGCAGGUGCGAAUUGUUGAAACGCAGCUGGCCGCACUAACGCUGUACGAGAUCGAACGCAAGAAGGAUAACCAGGACGAUCAAAUUAUUAAUUUGACCGAUCAACGUAUCAAUUUAACGUACGUUCUUACGGAUUUGCUCAAACAACAGGACCAACGUAAACAGCAGCUGCUGGAUACACUCAAGAUAAUCGAAAAGCAAAAGGAAAAUGAACAAACCGAUUUCUGGUUGUUGCAAUACCAGCGCCUUCUUGAUCGACAGCCGACGGAAGUUUCGCACGAUACCGCCUCGAUCGAUCCCGUGCUGGGUUACCAAUUUUUAGCGAACGGUGUAGUGCACUGUUUACCAUUCUUGUCGAAAAUAUGGCAAAACAAGGACAAGGAAUUGUGCAACGUUACAGAGCAGGAUUUGAUGAAUGCUGGCGUACAAAACCCUACAGAUCGGGGUGGCAUUUUGCAAUCGAUUGCCAACUAUUACGAUUAUUUGAACGGUAGAAUUGAUUAUCCUGAAGGCGAAUCGGCCACCGUUACGCCAAUGGCGACGGCACCUAUCGACGAGGACUACCAUCAUGAGGACGAAGGUAGAAGAAGCUCGGUGGAGAUGGGUUUGGAAGUUGAAGCGACAUCAUCCGUGGUACCGAGCGUUCCACGUGUCUCCAUUGGCGGUGGUGCUGGUGGUAGAGCAUCCGGUCCAGACUCUAACGAAGCAAUCAGUCCCGUAAGCGCUGCAGCUGUUGUGGCACAAUUUGCAGAAUGCGUUAUCUGUAUGGAACAAAUGGUACAAGUGAUAUUUUUACCAUGUGGCCAUAUGUGUUGUUGCUCCGGAUGUCACAUCGAGAUUCACGAUUGUCCGAUGUGCCGCGCCUACAUCGAGAGGAAAAUCAAAGUUAUACAGCCAUAGGUUAAUGCACCAGAUGCCAGUUUUAACAACCAACUUUGUGAUCAUUUCACAUACCACGGCAAUGAGAGGGACGUUGGACUUUCGCGUGAUGGAGUAUCAUUGAUCAAGAAAUGAAGAAGAAGAUUUACAGAAUUUUUGGCGAGAAGCAGUCACACACACACACACCAUUAGUCAAAUUAAAACAUCGAGUUCAUAUUACAUACUUCUAGUCAAAAGUUGGACCUAUCUUUCUUGAGUUAAACUUUCACUUUUGGCAGGUAUGGAAUUUCAUUCUCACUUUCUUCAACUACUAUAAAUUAAAGCUAAUAACGGCGUUUUAUAAAAACAAUCAUCUAUUAUCAAUAUACGGCAGUUGGUAUCAACUCCGAAACAAAUUUGAUCGCACGUCACAUUGGGCUGAAUCGUACGCACGACGCACGGGUUUGGCCCACUAUUACGUGACCUUUUUGGCUUUUGGCUAAAUUAAUUAAAAACAAUUAAUCUGCAACACGAAAACAAAAUCAUACCGAUACCGAUCGUAGCCAGUAAGAUAAGAGCAAAACACCAAACACGAUUUGCCAUUUAAUAUAUAAAUCUAACUCAUUGAUAUCGUUCCAAACGAACCAUAGAACAUAGGCUAGGGGUUUUCAUUCUUUCGAAGAUAAUCAUAUCGCGAUCGUGUUACGUUUCUACUGAUCGGUACGAUCGCAAACGGUUUACUGUGUGUUUUGUUACUUUAGAAUUGUUAUCUUAAAGCAAAUGGCAGCGAACAGCUCCCAGUGAAAAGACAUCUUUGUUAAAGGAAAAGAAAAAUAUUUAAUGGCCCACGUUAAUAAGCGUCCGUUCGUUCGUUCGUUCGGCUUCUCAUGCACACGUACAAAGGAUCGUUGCGUUGAUAUUGAAUGACUUUCUCCAAUCGAUUAAUGGCGUUACACACAAACGCGUGUGUUUGUUUGGCAGUUUGUUUAGUUUAUCAAUCCAGUGUAGAUCGUUACGCAUUUGCACUGCACGACACGCGAUGCAAUUAACUCAUGUUUUGUUUAGAGAGUGCCUUUCACGCAAAAUAAUAACACUAGUGUCUAAUCUGAGGCGAGAUAAAACAGCAACAACAAAACAAAAAACUUAAAUAUAUAGCCCUUUAUCCCCAACAGUUCUACAUAAUAUCCAUACAAUCGUAAAGGAUUUUAAUUAACUUAAGUUUUUUUAUAUAUUUCUUAUGAUAUUAAAACCGUGUUUCGUCUUUUAACACUGGAUCAAAGGCAUUUACAGUGGCGUAUACGUGUAUAUAUACGCAGUUGGAGAGCAAUAUACAAUUGCAAAGCUACAAUCGUAACAAACGGCGAAAAAAAAACGAUAAAAAACGGUUGCAUUUCAGUUAAACAGUUUCAUUAAAACGAACAAAAUCAAACUGACUAAGUCGGUUGACUCAGAGAAGCACCAACAUAUAUCUAUUAAUCGUUAUCUUCAAUCACAAUCACAAACAUUAAGUGAUCCAGGUACUGGAGAGACUUGCAUUUUACGUUCCCUGGUGAACAUUUGUUCUGAUAAGGGUUAUGGUUUGUUAUAAGGAAUGUUUCAAAUAAAGUUUUAUC